UCCAAGUUUUCCCCGAGUGAUCCGGCCCCUUCAGCUCUCCAUCCAAUCAGCAGCGUAGUCUUGUCCGCGGCUCUCGUCCGUUUUACCCCGGACAGGUUACGCCGCGGGCCAGAUGUGGGGCGGGAGGGCCGGGGCCUUGCCCCGGGUGUGGGGGUUGUGGCCGACCGGGGCCCUCGGAAGGAGACCGCUGAGCUGCAAUGCUCCGUCGCUAGCAGGAAGCAGCUCCCCCCAAUGUUGGAACUGCGGCGGCCCAGGGGGCCCCAUGCGGGAGGACGGGUUCUUCUGCCCCCAGUGCCGGGCGCUGCAGCCACCUGACCCCACUCGAGACCACUUCAGCCUUAUGGACUGCAAACGUUCCUUCAAUGUUGAUACCGCCAAGCUCCAGCAUAGGUACCAGCAACUACAGCGUCUUGUCCACCCAGAUUUCUUCGGCCAGAGGUCUCAGACUGAAAAGGACUUCUCGGAGAAGCAUUCGACCCUGGUGAAUGACGCCUACAAGACCCUUCUGGCGCCCCUGAGCAGGGGACUAUACCUUCUAAAGCUCCAUGGAGUGGAGAUUCCUGAAGGAACAGAUUAUAAAAUGGACAAUCAAUUCCUCAUGGAAAUAAUGGAUAUCAAUGAAAAACUCGCAGAAGCUCAAAGUGAAGCUGCCAUUAACGAGUUUGAAUCUAUUGUCAGAGCUAAACAGAAAGAAUUGACUGACAAUUUGAGCAGAGCUUUUGAACAAGGCUCCCUUGGACCUGAGAAGUCAUGCGAAGAUGCCUCAUCGCCACCAUCAGCACUCAUGACGACAACGACAAUGUCCAGAUGACCUAGUGAGUCAACAAAUAAUUAACAAGGAAGAAAGCAGACAGGGGGUAAAGGAGACUCAAGAGAUAGGCAAAUCUAACGCAAUGUUGAAUCGUGAUGCCAUCAACCCAACUAUAAAAAGACAUUUGGGGGCACUUGGAAAAAUAUGAAUACUGAAUAGAUGAUUUUGAAGUAGUAUUACUAAUUUUGUUAGGCACGAUAAUAGCAUUGUAAUUAUGUUUUUUGGAAAAGUAUUCGUUAGAGAUAAGCACUAAUGCAUUUAUAAAUAAAAUACGC